ACAAAUCAGAGGCAGCACCACGUGUACUGUGUUGACUGUCAAAGCGUCAAGGAACCCAAUUCCCGGAAGCUGUGAGUUCUAAAAGAAGUUCCUGUACUCGAGUGCCCCGAGUCUGCGAACCCCCAAUCAUGAGCGCCCCGGGAGUGCUCUCCUUUACCCAGCAAGGCUGGGAGCAGGUGCUGGCCAAAGUGAAACGGGCUCUGGUCUAUCUAGACGCCCCCUGCGCGGAGAGCCUGCACUGGGGCUGCGGCUCCACGCGGCUUCUGGAGGCGGUGGGAGGUCCUGCGUGUCACCUGCGGGAGUUCGAGCCCGCAGCUGUCGGUGGUGGAGCCGAGCAGCCUAAAGCGGUGUUUGUGCUGAGCUGCCUGCUGAAAGGCCGGACCGUGGAGACCCUGCGGGAUAUCAUCUGCCGCAGUCACUUCCAGUAUUGUGUGGUGGUCACAGCGGUGAACCACGCUGUCCACCUCACCGCUAAUCAUGUGCCGGCGGCUGCAGCGGCGGAGCUGGAAGGGCAGCCGGUGUUCGAGCAACUGGAGGAGAAACUGUGCGAGUGGAUGGGCAAUAUGAACUAUACCGCCGAGGUGCUGCACGUCCCGUUGUUGCUCGCACCUGUUGCUCCCCACCUUGCCUUGACUCCAGCCUUUGCUUCCCUUUUUCCAUUGCUACCCCAGGAUGUGCAUCUCCUUAACAGUGCCCGACCAGACAAGAGGAGGCUAGGAAGCCUGAGUGAGGUGGAUGCCACCGUCCUGCCUCCUGAGCUGCUUCUGCAGAUCAGGUGCCUGGUGUCAGGCCUCAGUUCUUUGUGUGAGCAUUUAGGGGUGCGGGAGGAGUGUUUUGCUGUAGGUUCCCUCAGUCGUAUCAUCGCUGCAGAUAUGGCUAAUUAUGGCCCUGCCAAGAACAGGAGAAAGACUGCCGCAGGCAGGGCAUCCGUGGUCUUUGUGGACAGAACUCUGGAUCUAACGGGAGCUGCUGGACAUCAUGGAGACAACUUGGUAGAGAAGAUCAUCUCAGUUCUUCCCCAGCUUCCAGGCCACACCAACGAUGUGAUGGUUAACAUGGUGGAGCUUACGGCACUCCAGAAUGAGGAGAAAAAUCAGAGUAUGGUUGCACCAGGCUGUCUUGCACAAUCCAAUGACACAGCUGCCAGAGCUCUGUGGGAAGCCUUACUGAGCACCAGGCACAAAGAAGCAGUGAUGGAAGUCCGGAGACAUCUAGUGGAAGCAGCAAGCAGAGAAAACCUGCCAAUCAAGAUGAGUAUGGGGAGAGUCACUCCAGGGCAGCUCAUGUCCUAUAUUCAGCUCUUCAAGAACAACCUCAAAGCUUUAGUGAAUCACUGUGGGCUCCUACAGCUUGGGCUGGCCACAGUUCAAACUCUGAAACACCCUCAGACUGCUAAGUGGGACAACUUUCUGGCUUUUGAAAGACUCCUCCUCCAGGUAUGUUGCUAUGGGAGGUUCAUGGGAUAUUAA